UACUAUACUAAAACCUGAACCCUAAGUCGUCCCAUCCCUUACCAUCAUCUCUAUCUUUUUUAGUUGUAUCGCUUCAGAUUACUCCAAUAAAUAAAAACCAAAACGCCACUGUUACCGAAACUACUCCACUACCUCAUCUUCACUCCCCCAUAUUCACGUUCAAUUCACAUUAAAAAAAAAUAAUGGCCACUACCAUUCCCAUCUAUUUAGGUUUCACUAUAAAACCAAAUCUUCCAGAGGAUAAAAAAAAACAGACUUCUCAUUACAAUCCAAACAUGGCACCACAUAAAGCUCAACAGUCUCUCCAGCCAUACACCUUUCAGAAUUUUGAUGAUAUUGAUGGAGAUUUCUGUCAAAAAGAAGUCUUACUCCGACUAAUUUAUAUCUGGGAAGCCCGGAAUAUCAAAAAAGGCAACAUAUUGAUGGGUUUUGAAUUACUGUUCAUCUACUCCCAGUCAAACCCAAUGGAAGGAUUCAUUUCUGCAAAUCGGAUAUUCCCAUACCAAGAGGAUCUAAAGUACAACUCCAUUUACAAGCUCAAUAAAGUGGAAUGGUGUAACUCUUCAAAUGCUAUCAAAUAUCUCUUCAAAUAUGUUACAAAAGGAGUGAACAAAUCUGCAAUAUUCAUCGAGAAAGGCACAAACACCACCUCCAAUAGUGAAGAUUGAAGAUACAACAAGGGUUGUAAAGGAAAGGAAUGAAAUUCAAGACUAGAGUAUCUAUAUUGAUUUGUCGUUAUUUG